UUGAUUUGGUCCGGCGAAAAUAAGCAGAGACUUCAAAACGCCAUGAAUCAGACCGAGAAACGCCAUGAAUCAGACCAAGGAACGAUUGCUAUCGAAUCCAAAUCACAAUAAAUGGAGCCAUCAACCCGAUUGCUGUUGAAUCCAAAUCACAACAAUGGCGAUGUCAUCAACCUCGAUCCUCAAAUUCCCACUUUACAACUCCCUUAGAUUAACAAAUCUCAAACCUAAACUCCCCUCAUCCCUCAUCUUCAACCCCCAGAAACCAAAAUCACUUACCCUUAAAACCUACCAAAGAACACAGAUAAAAUCCCUCUUCACCGGAAUCGUGGAAGAACUGGGAAAAAUCAAGGAAUUAGGUUUCGACGAAUCAGGCGAAUCAUUCGACAUGGUAAUCCAUUCUCCAACCGUCCUCCAAGACGUUAACCUCGGCGACAGCAUAGCUGUGAACGGCACCUGUUUAACAGUCACAGAAUUCGAUUCCGAUCGGUUGGAAUUCAAAGCCGGUUUGGCUCCUGAAACGUUAAGAAAGACGUCGUUAAUCGAAUUGGUGAAAGGUUCGGUUGUUAAUUUGGAGAGAGCUGUGAAACCAUCGACACGAAUGGGUGGGCAUUUUGUGCAGGGGCAUGUUGAUGGAACAGGUGAGAUUGUUUCAAUGGAGGUUGAAGGAGAUUCGUUGUGGAUUAAGGUGAAAACUUCGCCGGAGAUAUUGAAAUUUAUAGUGCCGAAGGGGUUUAUUGCGGUGGAUGGGACUAGUUUGACGGUGGUGGAGGUGUUUGAUGAAGAUGGGUGUUUUAAUUUCAUGAUGGUGGCGUAUACACAGCAGAACGUUGUGAUUCCAUUGAAGAAAAUCGGGCAAAAGGUGAAUCUGGAGGUGGAUGUAUUGGGGAAAUAUGUAGAGAAGCUUCUUAGCAGUGGAUUUGUGGAGAGUAUUAAAUCAAGAUGAUGAUGAUGAUCAGGUCUUACACCUAGUGACAUAAUAAUUGGUGGCAUGUCAUUAAUUAAUAUAUUCUUCCUUUAUAAAUCACCGAUUUAGGGCUUCUUCAUGAACGAAUUACUUCUUCUUCUUUUCUCGGAUGGCUUAUUCUUCUACUAUGUAUGCCAAUUUAAUAUGGUUACAAUUAUGUCUUGAUGAAUAUUUAUAUCAAUUUGCAGUGGAGUGAAAUC